AUGACUAAAAAAAAAAAUAAAAGUAGAAACUACAUAAGAUCAAUAAAAAAAGAUCAAAAGUGUCUGACGAUAAAUAAAGCAAAUAAUGAUAUUUCGGAUGAUUUAAUUAUUGGAAAUAUACCAAAUUUAAAUGAAAAUAAAAAAAAAAAAAAUCUUCCAAAGAUUGUUCAAAUAAAAAAAAAUUUCAAAAAAAUAAAAAAAGAAAAAGAAUUAUUAAGUAACUUGGAUACUGAACAAAAAGAAAAGGCAGAACAUUUAUUGAAAGUAAAGAAGGCGAUACUUAAAUCUAAAGGAGAAAAAGUUUAUGAUGAAAAGAGUCUGAAAAAAAGAAAAAAAAAUAUUUUUAAGAGAAAAGAAAAAUCACGUAAAAGAUGGGAGAAUAAAACUAAGAAAUUAUAA